AUGAGAGCAGACGGUUCUGUGAAAUUACGUAAUAUUUAUAUGAUUAUAACAUUCACUGCUUACAUAAUUAUGGUACUUCUUGAAAAUCUCGCCGCUUGUUUUGGUGAUUUCCCGAAAGUUGAGAAGAAUUCAUCCGUCAUGUUUUCCGUGAUACAUAACACGGUAUUGGCUAAAAUGUUUUUACUUUUAUAUCAUAAAAAAUCUAUAAGGAAAUUAAAUAGUGAGAUGGCUCUACUUGGUGCUGACAUGGAAGAUGAUGUUACAAUGAAUAAGCAAUAUAAAAAAGUCAAAUAUGGACUCCUUUUGUAUGUCGUGUCAGUUUAUUUAUCUCUACUUGCUUAUGGUGUAGACAGCUUGAGCAAAUGUGUCACCGAAGGUACCCCAUUUUAUACCGUAGUGACAUAUUACCCAAGUUAUAACAGUACAACUGACGUGGCGAGUGCAUUAAGAGUGUUUUUCUAUAUGACAUGGUUGUACAUGAUGUUGCCAAUGAUGGCAGCAGACUGUCUGCCAAUUGUGCAUCUUAUUAUUAUGGCAUAUAAGUUUAUAACGCUUUGCAACCAUUUUAAGAAUAUAAGCAAAGAUUUCACUCGAAAUAAAACUAAUAUGAGGAAAGAAUCUGCCGUGUUAAAGCUGAAAUUUGGUUGCAUGCAAGGAAUUCUAAUGCAUCGCAAACUGAUCUUAUUAAUAAAAGAAGUAAAUCGCGUUUUUGGUAUUAUAAUGUCUCUACAAGUGUGCGAGAGUUCGGCUGUGGCUGUUUUAUUACUUUUAAGAUUAGCAAUAUCUCCGCGACAAAAUUUAACAGAUGCGAUAAUGACGUACACAUUUGUAAGUUCCCUAUUCAUUUUGUUGGCACUUAACCUUUGGAAUGCCGGUGAAAUUACUUACCAGGCUUCGCUUUUAUCUUUUGAAAUAUAUUCCUGUGGGUGGCAUCUAUGCAACAUGUUUCCACAGCAUCAAAGGGACAUCAAGUACCUGGUGCUCAUUAGUAGUGCGCAAGCGCAGAAGUCACUUAUUCUUAAAGCGUUCGCUAUACAAGAAUUAUCGUAUGCGACUUUUGUUUCGGUUGCCAGAUUGACGUAUUCGAUAUUUGCAGUAUUUUAUAAAUGA